GAACACAUUCUAGAACUCAUAUUCAUAUCUUCAAAUUUGUGACAUUCUUUGAUUUUGCUGCUUUCCCCUUUAUUUCUUCUUCUCUCUAGCGUCAGGGUCUUUCUUCUGCUUCCAUAACUUAAGUCCUUCGUCAUUCUCUUUCUUGGGUUGUUCUCAGAAAUGGCUGCAGCUAUGGCUUCAGCUGCCAAAUUUGCAGUGUGCUUUAGCAACAACAUGAGUAAAGCCUCAGUCUUUAAACACAAAAAUCAUUUGCUCUGUGAUGCCCUUUCUAGCAAACUACCCGACAAUCUUCAGAAAAGAAGAUUUUCAUCAUCAACUAUGAGAAUUGUUCCACAAGCAUCAUUGUCACCCACAACUCUUGAGAACGGAAAACAGGAUGGAAGCCUUGAUGGUGGUGACACUGUUCCAACACCAAAAGUUAUAAUUGACCAAGACUCUGAUCCAGAUGCAACUAUAGUAGAAAUAACCUUUGGGGAUCGCCUUGGAGCUCUUCUUGAUACUAUGAAUGCAUUAAAAAACCUUGGACUAAAUGUGGUUAAAGCCAAUGUCUUUCUUGAUUCUUCUGGGAAGCACAACAAGUUUUCCAUCACUAAAGCCAAUACUGGUAGGAAAGUUGAAGAUCCAGAGCUACUGGAAGCAAUCCGUUUGACCAUCAUAAACAACCUGCUUGAGUAUCAUCCUGAAUCAAGUUCCCAGUUAGCGAUGGGUGUAGCAUUUGGUGUAGAUCCACCGAAGGAAAAGGUUGAUGUUGACAUAGCAACCCACAUAAGCAUCAUUGAUGAUGGUCCCAACCGUAGCUUGUUGCUUGUGGAAACAGCUGAUCGCCCAGGGUUAUUAGUGGAUCUAGUCAAGAUCAUUACUGACAUCAAUGUUGCUGUUGAGUCUGGAGAGUUCGACACUGAGGGAUUGCUGGCCAAGGCAAAAUUUCAUGUCAGCUAUAAGGGUAAAGCCAUCAGCAAGCCUCUCCAGCUGGUUAUUGGCAACAGUUUGCGAUAUUUCUUGAGGCGGCCCACGACGGAGGAAUCAAGUUUUUGAGCCACUAUAUCAAACAUUAUAGCCCCAGUUCAGGCGCAAUACUCAAAUGGAUUCUUGAGUUGUCCCAAUUAAUCAAAACAAACAGGGUAUAUUGUAGAAUGAUGUAACAGCAAUCUCAUCACAACUUUUCAACGCAAUAUCAUUGUAAUAAUAUCACCAUGACCAU